GCCGAAGCCUGCACCACGCACUUCGGGAAGCUGCCUCACCGCUAAUGUCAGUCGUUACCGUCGGGUGAAGACAAGCGGAGUCGAAGCGCCAGUGCCUGCUCACAUCCCCCACUCGCAAAUGGCACCCGGGUAGGAAACUCACGAUUUGUACUAGCAGCUGUCGUCGCUGCCUGCUGCAGAGUCUCUGCGGGAAAAGGGUCUGCCUGCCUUUGCGGCCCAAUCACGCGGCCCACCCCUUUCUCAAGUGACAGUGUCUAUGCCUAGAGGUAUGCACAAACAGCGGCAGCUCCAUCCGUUCUAAGUUCUGCGGGUGGCUUCUGCGGGUGGCUCACGCUCGUAAAGUUGGCCAAUCUGGCGGCAAACUCUUGCCGGUGGAGGCCAGUAACUUUACCUUUCCAUCUCCGAUGUCUUCACGUCGGCCAUAAAAGGGUCGCUACCUAGGUACUCACCCAUGUAUCCCGACCUACUUGUCUACCGUCCUAUGUACCUACACGGGGGUAUCAACAUCACACCGGCCUCAUACCUACAUACCUAGCACCCUGAACUGUCGUGCCUCGCAUUCUCGUAUUCCUAGGAAAGCAUCUCAUACGCCGACAUGUCCCUCUCGACGCCGCCCUCGGGCCCCGACGGCCAAGGCGCAGAGACCACCCCUGCCACGGCGAGCAUCACCUCACCGCCGCCGACCCCCACAAUCGCCGACUACCUGGCCGAGCUCUUCGCCGAAAACGUCGCGGCCAAGAUCUACCGCACCGCCAGCCGCGCCGUCGGCAUCCCGCACGCCUUCCCCGAGCACGUGCCGCAGGCCGGCCGCGGCGCCGGCGCCUACUCGCACCGCGAGGCCGAGUUCUGGACCUGUGGCUUCUUCCCGGGCAGCGUGCACUGCCUGCUCGAGCGCCUCGUGCGCUUCCCGCACAGCGUCCGCCUCGACACCACCACCAACAACACCCCCAACACGACCAUCGCCGCCGCCCAGCUACGUGCCAUACAGGCCGGCCUGCAACACCGCCGGCACCACCACCACGGCGACCUGCAGGCGGACGAGGGCAACCCGACAGAAACCCUCUACGUCGUCGGCAAGCCCACCCCCGACCGCCUCCGCUCCUCCCUGUCGGCCCUCCUCGACUCGGUGCUGCGCGCCGCGUCGGCGCUCGCCACGCGCUACGUCCCGGCCGCCCGCGCCGUGCGCAGCUGGGACUCGCGCGUGCAGCGGAACCUGACCGUCGAGGGCACCGAGACGAACCUGCUCGUCAUCAUCGACAGCAUGUGCAACCUCGACCUGCUCUACUACGCCGCCGGCCAGCUCGGGGCCGGCGACCCGACCGCCGCGCACCUGAGCGCCGUGGCCACGGCGCACGCCACGACGGUCCUGCGCACCCACCUGCGGCCCGAGGAGCAGCCGCCCAGUCCCGACGCAGACGACUCCGACUCCUUCGCCGCCGGCAGCACGAGGUACGCCGGGCAGUGGUACUCGACGCACCACGUCGCCAACCUCGACCCGCGCACGGGUGCCGUCAAGCGCCACUUCACGGCCCAGGGCUGGAGCGACUCGUCGCAGUGGGCGCGGGGCCAGGCCUGGGCCAUACUCGGCUACGCGCAGACGCACGCCUGGACGCGCGACCCGGCCUUUUUGCGCGCCGCCUGCGGCCUGGCCGACGGCCGCUACGUCCCGCCCUGGGACUUUGACGCCCCGCCCGACGCCGACCGCGGCUUCGUGCCGCGCGACUCGUCGGCCGGCGUCGUGGCCGCCAACGGCAUGCUCGUCCUCUCCCAGUCCCUGCGCGCGAGCGGCGGCGGCGGCGACGACGACAGCGCCCUGGCCGACCGCUUCCUGCGCGCCGCCGUCGCCCUGGCCCGUGACGCGCUGCUGUUCGCCCUGGCCCCCGAGCGCGCCGAGCUGCUGGCCGUGGCGGGCCCCGGCGCCGGCGGCUGCUACUACAGGCACGCGCGCAUCGAGGUGGCCGACGCCGACCCGGGCCCCGUCGACGGUGGUUGCGGCGGCGGCGGCGGCUCCUUCGAGGCCAUCCUCAAGCACGGCACCGCUAACAACAACCCCGACGCCCUGAGGCGGUACGCUGACCACGGCCUGUAUAUAAUGGUAAACAUAAACACAGAAAACAUCCAUACGCUGCUGGCCGUGGCGGGCCCCGGCGCCGGCGGCUGCUACUACAGGCACGCGCGCAUCGAGGUGGCCGACGCCGACCCGGGCCCCGUCGACGGUGGUUGCGGCGGCGGCGGCGGCUCCUUCGAGGCCAUCCUCAAGCACGGCACCGCUAACAACAACCCCGACGCCCUGAGGCGGUACGCUGACCACGGCCUGGUCCCCCUCUUCUGGUUUCCUUGA